AUGACUGCAGCUUCUCAGGUGAAAGUAGUCGCAGAUAAACAAAUAGUGCCAAGUCUGGACGAUCGGGAAUAUCGACUUAUACAACUAGAAAAUGACUUAGAAGUGCUAUUAAUACGGGAUCCUGAAACAGAUAAUGCGAGUGCAGCACUUGAUGUUCAUAUUGGAAGCCAAAGUAAUCCUGAGGAACUUUUGGGAUUAGCUCAUUUUUGCGAGCAUCUACUAUUUAUGGGAACGAAAAAGUAUCCAAAUGAAAAUGAGUAUAGAAAGUACUUAGAAACCCAUAAUGGAAUGUCAAAUGCUUAUACGGCAUCCAACGACACCAAUUAUUAUUUCGAAGUAUCACAUGACGCAUUGUAUGGAGCAUUGGACCGCUUUGCCCAGUUUUUCAUUGAUCCCUUGUUUUUGGAAGAAUGCAAGGAUCGUGAAAUUCUGGCUGUAGACUCUGAACACUCCAAAAAUCUUCAAUCUGAUGAUUGGCGCUUCUGGCGUUUAUACGGUAUCCUAAGUCACCCAGACCAUGUGUUCAGCAAAUUCAACACAGGGAAUGUGAAAACACUCGGUGAUGUUCCUAAAGACAUGGGUCUCGAUGUUCGUGAAGAGUUGUUGAAGUUUUAUGAUAAAUAUUAUUCUGCAAAUUUGAUGAAACUUGUUAUCAUUGGUCGUGAACCAUUAGAUACUCUUGAAGAAUGGGCUAUUAAGUUAUUUUCACCUAUUAGGAACAAGUCUGUUUCUAGACCAAGGCAUCCUGGGAACCCCUAUAAAGAAGAGCAGCUUCGUAAAAUAUGCUAUAUGAAGCCUGUGAAAAAUCUUCGCCGAAUCGACAUUCUUUUCCCUAUCCCUGGACAGUAUUCUCAGUAUGAAUGCCGCCCGGCUGACUAUGUAUGCCACUUAUUGGGACAUGAAGGUGAAGGUUCGUACUUGGCAUACCUAAAAAAGCUGGGUUUAGGAACAUCCUUAGUCGCUGGAUCCAUAUCCGUCACGGAAGAUGCAGAUAUCAUCGUUAUCUCCAUUUCCCUUACUGAACAGGGUCUUGCUGACUAUGAGCGAGUAAUUCGUAUUCUUUUUGAAUACGUCCAACUGCUCCACCACACAACAGCUCACCAUUUUCUUUUCGAGGAAACUCGAAUUAUGUCAGAAGCUCAAUUCAAAACUCGUCAAAAGACAUAUGCUUCCCAAUAUGCACAUUCGGUAGCAAGCAAAAUGCAACAUAACUAUCCUAGAGAUAAAAUCUUGUAUUCUGCUUCAGUCCUUACCAAGUUUGACAUGGAUGGUAUACAGGCUGUAAUUGAUUGUUUCCGACCGGACAAUUUCAUAGUUAUUUUAUCUUCUCACUCUCUCGAAAAAGAUUUUAAUCAAAAAGAGGAGUUCUAUGGUUUAGAGUACCUAGUGGAACCCUUAGAUACAGCUUUCUUAGAUUCACUUCGUACUUGCAAGCCGCCUAGCGAGCUUCAUCUUCCCGCCCCAAAUGAGUUUAUCCCUUGGUCAUUAGAAGUACAGAAACAGCCUAUCAAAGAUAAAGCAAAAUCUCCUAGCUUAAUUCGAAACGACGAAUUUGUUCGUUUAUGGCAUAAGAAGGAUGAUACGUUCUGGGUUCCAAAGGCUAAUGUCUUUAUUCAAUUCAUUUCUCCUGUCGCUAGAAAGUCACCAAAGAUCAGCGUUAUAACUACUCUUUACGUUCGACUUGUUGAAGAUGCCCUUAAUGAAUAUUCGUAUCCUGCUGCGUUAGCCGGACUUUCUUUCGUCUUAUUACCGUCUAGUCGCGGUGUCUCGCUGUAUCUUAGCGGAUUUACUGACAAAUUACAUGUUUUAUUGGAGAAGGUAAUUACUGUUAUGCGCGAUUUGAAAAUUCAUUCUCAAAGAUUCGAUAUUAUAAAAAAUCGACUUGAACAGGAACUUAAGGAUUAUGAUGCUUUGGAGGCUUAUCCUAGAUCUAGUAGUGUUCUCACAUGGCUGACAGAGCACCCUGUAUGGAUGAACUCCGAACUUCGAGAAGCCAUUAAAAGUGUAAACAUCGAAAACAUAUCCCAGUUUAUUGGCGAAUUCAUCGAUCAAAUUUUCAUAGAAGCUUUGGUCCAUGGAAACUAUGUCAAGGAGGAUGCCAAAGCACUUAUAGAGACUGCUCAAAACCUUCUAAAUCCCAAGCCCGUAUUUGCAUCCCAGCUAACUCGUAAAAGAGCAGUUGUCCUUCCUGAAGGAAGCAAUUAUAUUUAUAAGACAGUAGUACCUAACGAGCAAGACAAAAAUUCAGCUAUUAUGUAUGCUUUGCAACUUGCGCCUAUGGACGAUCAAAGGUCUGGAGCAUUGGCGCGCCUUGCUCGUCAACUUAUGAAGGAACCUUCUUUCUCUAUCCUCAGAACUAAAGAACAGCUUGGCUAUAUUGUAUUUACGCUUCUUCGCCAGUCUACUCCUUAUGUGUAUAUGACUGUUUUCGUGCAAAGUGAACGAAGUAGUUCUUAUUUGGAGACACGAAUCCGUGCCCUUUUGGAUCAUUUGAAAGAAUCAUUCUCAAAGAUUUCCGACAAAGAAUUCAAUGAUCACAAGGCAAGCUUGAUUAAUUUUAUGUUGGAAAAGUAUACGAACUUGAAGGAGGAAAGUUCUAUGUACUGGCUUCGUACCUCUGAUGGUUUUUAUGACUAUACUCGAUUAGAAAAACAAGCUGAAAUUGUGUCAUCCAUCACGAAGGAAGAAUUUUACGACUUCUUCAUCAAUCGUAUCCACUACGACGGUAAAGCGACAAACAAACUCUCAGUACAUGUUCUGUCUCAGCGCUGUCAAGAUCAAGAGUACGAAAUACCUGGAGCUACAGUCAUAAAAAAUGGAAAUAUAUUCAAAGAAGGUCUACCUUUCAGCAAAGCUGCUGCGCCUAUUGAACCUUUUAGUGAUAUUGAUGAAGCUCUGUUUAUGAACUAA